AUGACUUCUCCGGUUGUCUAUCCGGAACAAAAUCGUGUUCGAUUCGCUGAUGAAGUUCAAUUUUCUGACGACGAGCCGCCGAUGGAGUUCAACAUGUGCGGUAGUCGCAAUUCUCCAAAGUUUUAUGAGCACCGUAUCACUAUUGUUCGCGUCGCAUUCUACUUGGGAUUUCUCGAGAUUCUCGCAUGUUUGAUGUUCAUCGUUUGGACUGAACAUCAGUAUCUCCUGUUCCAAAUGGCUAUGCAACUCGUUCUGAUGGUCGUUCAACAAUACGAUUUCUUCGUCGGAUUCGUCAUUGUGUGCUACGUGGCACUCGUAGAGAUUCUGAUUUUGAUGGUGAUGGUGGGAUUCGAGAUUUUCAAGCCGGAACGCUCGAUUCUCCUGGUCCUCUACCGUAACAUGACUCCGAACUACCGUCUUGCCCUGUUCAUCUCUUCCAUCGUCAUGCUCCUCUGGUGCAUUUUCCGCCUUCUCGUCACCCGUCGUGCCCUCUACUACAUCUAUCAUCUCCGUUAUGCACUGAAUUACGAUGGUGAUGAUGAGGAAGAGGGGGAGGAGAAUGUUGAAGUUAUCGUGGAGAUUCUCAAGGAGAAGGAAGGUGUUGAACUUUGA